UUUUCAACAGAUCAUCCCCGAAAAUACAUCUUCCAAAAUGAACACUUUUAUCGCCGUUUUCGUGGCCCUGUUCGCCGUGGCCGCAGCUGCCCCCCAGCAAUCCGGAACGACCCCGGUGCCGAUCGUGAGCGAGAGUUCGGACAUCCAGCCCGAUGGCAGCUUCAAGUACGCGUUCAAGACCGGUGACGGAGUGGAGGUUCAGGACGAAGGAGCCCUCAAGCAGGUCCAGGUGCCCAAAGCUGACGGAUCGGGAACCGAAACUGCUCAAGCACUGGUUCAAACUGGAUCCUUCUCGUACCAGGCCCCCGAUGGGCAGCAGAUCAAGCUGACCUACACCGCCGACGAGACCGGAUUCCACCCGCAGGGAGCCCAUCUGCCGGUGGCCCCGGUUGAUCCGAACCAUCCUUAGAGAUGAUGUGGAACGAUGCGUUCGAAUGUAUAAAGUGUAAUAGUGAACUAAGCAAAGUGAUUCCUAUUUUGGAUCGUUAAUAAUACUCAUCUAAAUAAAAUGGUAAAAGUGAUU